CCCGGAAGUACUUGGAUGGGAGACCGCCUGGGAAUACCAGGUGCUGCUGAUCAGGCAGACGCCGUCACUUUGGACGGAGGGGACAUCUACAUUGCUGGACUGAACAACAAUGGCCUGCAGCCCAUUAUUGCUGAGGACUACGACACCUCGGCGUCGGACACCUGUUACUACGGUGUUGCUGUGGUGAAGAAGGGCACUACAUUUGGCCUGAGAGACCUCCAGGGGAAGAAAUCCUGCCACACUGGGUUGAAUAAAUCUGCAGGCUGGAACAUCCCCAUCGGAACCCUGGUGUCCAUGGAUUUGAUUCAGUGGGAAGGCAUUGAAGAUGAAGCUGUUGUCAAGGCUGUGGGCAACUACUUCGGCCAGCUGUGUCCCGGGGCCACAAGGCAGCAAUCUGUGCCAACUCUGCAGGGAGACUGCUCCAAGUCUCACACUGAGCCGCACUACGACUACAGCGGAGCCUUCCAUGUGUCUCAUUGUUUUUGCACACUUUCAGAGUCGGAGAAGGCCAACUACGAGCUGCUGUGCAAAGAUAACACCAGGGCGCCAAUAGACGACUAUGAAAAAUGCCACCUGGCCAGAGCACCAGCCCACGCUGUUGUCAGCCGCAAGGACCAACAGCUGGCUGGAUUAAUCUGGAACAGCCUGACUUCAGUACAGGGCUUUGACCUCUUCUCCUCUGAAGCCUAUGCACCUGGCAAAAACCUGAUGUUCAAAGACUCCACCAAGAAGCUGGUGCAGCUGCCCCCAAACACCGACUCCUUCCUGUAUUUGGGUGCUGGAUAUACCAGCAUCAUCCGUUCCCUUAAGAAAGAGCCAACAGGCACUCAAUCCACUGCCAUUAAAUGGUGUGCCGUGGGCCACGCUGAGACGGUCAAGUGUGACACGUGGAACGGCAACAGUGGUGACGCCGACCCCCAAGUUGAAUGCGAGACUGCCCCUACUGUUGAAGAGUGCCUGAAAAAGAUUAUGCGUAAAGAGGCCGACGCAAUGGCAGUGGAUGGAGGACAGGUGUACACCGCUGGGAAGUGUGGUCUUGUUCCUGCUAUGGUGGAGCAGUACGACGCAGAUCAGUGCGGCGUCCCUGGAGCCAAGGCCUCCUCUUACUACGCUGUCGCCGUGGUAAAGAAGAGUUCAGGGUUGACCUGGAAAACCCUGAAGGGCAAGAGGUCUUGCCACACUGGCGUCGGCAGAACUGCUGGCUGGAACGUCCCCAUGGGUCAAAUACACAAAGAGACUAACGACUGUGACUUCACCAAGUUCUUCAUCAGCGGCUGUGCCCCCGGCUCAGACCCCACCUCUCCGUUCUGUUCUCAGUGUGUCGGCAGCCGCAAGAUUAAGGAUGAUUCCAAGUGCAAAGCCAGCGCUGACGAGGAUUACUACGGCUCCACCGGCGCCUUAAGGUAGGAUGGCAACAGUGCA